GUAGUGAGUAAGUCCAACGCCUCGGCGCAUGCGUAUGAAUCGUGACCGACGACAACGUCCAGAAGACUCGGCGGGUCAGGCGCGUGCGCAUUGAGUUCGGUGCUAGGGCAUGCGCAGAGGGUAGCCCGCAGAAGGCGGGAGAUCGUGAAGGAACAAAGUGCAAUAAUAGGGAGUGAGAGCUUCAGUUCCCCUUGUGACUCUGACAGCUGACCAGUUGGAAUCAGGUGUUGAAACCGUAGCUACCAGCAACAUGGCAGCAAAAACACCUUUGAGUGCCAAUCUCCGAGAGCGGCUGAAGAAAUCACGGCGUUCUUUUAACUCCCCAUUCAUCGUACCAAAACGGUUGAAGGUUGACAGCCAGAGUGAAGGUGGUGGAAAAGCAGACCCCGGCACUGAGGCUGGUGGCAGCCAGCUCCCUAAUGAUACUUGUUCAGCACAGAAUGGUGGGACUACAGAAGCGGAAAAUCUUUGUAAUAAGAUGAUGAAUGAGCAGCCAGAUACAAGUGCAGUGGGUAGGGAUGAGGCAUCCCUGGGAGUCCAGCAUGCAACUGAACACAACAUCCAGACUCCUGCCAAGUCCCCACAUCCGAUCCCUGAAAAGCAACAACUUCUUGAGGAGAAAGAACAAUUACAGAGAGAAGUGAGAGAGAAAGAGGAACUUCUUCGUCGUUUGAAAAUGGUUCAGAUGUACAGAACAAAGAAUAACCUGGCAGAACUGGGAUCUCUGAUACAGAAAUGGAGGAAGAGCAGCCAGGCCUUGCUGUAUGAACUUCAAGUGGCCCUUUGCAGUGAUUCAAAACUGACGUUGACCCAGCUGAUAGACAGUCUGGCAAUAGAGGAUAGACUCCUGCAUUACAAUAGACUUGAGGAAGAUUUCACAGAUGGAUGAGAUGAUCACUCCUGUGCUGAGAAUUAGCAGCCUUAUUUGCAACAAUGCAUUAGCCAAUUCUUUGCAGUCAAUUUUCUAAAAGACAUUGUUUUGUUGUAAAGAUUUUGCUCUGCUGGAUUACAUGGUGUCUUUAAAUUUCUGAAGUUGU